AUGGCCGACUAUCAGUACGGAGGCUCCGAGGAGGAGAACGCCGAGCUGUACAAACUAGAGGUGGAUUUGCUAGAUGAUCCUGACAACUUUGAAACCUGGGAGAAGCUUGUUCGCGCCGGAGAGGGUCUCGAAGGUGGGAUCAAUCGCAACUCCAACCCCCAGGCCAUUACAACCGUCCGCGCUAUCUACGACCGUUUCUUGGCCAAGUUCCCUCUGCUAUUUGGUUAUUGGAAAAAAUAUGCCGAUCUGGAGUUUUCGAUCACAGGCACAGAAGCCGCUGAAAUGGUUUACGAACGUGGAAUCGCCAGUAUCUCGCCUUCCGUUGAUCUAUGGGCCAACUACUGCUCGUUCAAGGCUGAAACCUCACACAACGCUGAUAUCAUUCGAGACCUGUUUGAACGAGGUGCUAGCUGUGUUGGUCUUGAUUUCCUCUCCCAUCCUUUCUGGGACAAGUACAUCGAGUUCGAGGAACGCUUUGAAGGCCAUGAUAAGAUUUUUGCUAUUCUUGGCAGGGUCAUUCACAUUCCUAUGCACCAGUACUCUCGCUACUUUGAGCGUUACCGCCAACUUGCACAGACCCGACCUUUGGCCGAACUCGCACCCGAGGAAACCUUGGCUGCGUUCCGCGCUGAGGUUGAGGCUGCCUUAUCUCAGUCUGCUCCCGGCCCCAAGGCAGAGGCCGAGAUCGAGCGGGAUCUGCGCAUUCGUUUGGAUAGUUACCACCUCGGAAUCUUUACGAACACUCAAACAGAAACAACUAAGCGCUGGACCUUUGAGUCAGGGAUCAAGCGACCAUACUUCACUGUGACCGAGCUUGAUCAAAUCCAGCUGACAAACUGGCACAAUUACUUGGACUUCGAGGAAGCUGAAGGUUCGUUCGCUCGCAUUCAGUUCCUGUAUGAACGAGCGUUGGUGACUGCUGCUUAUUACGAUGAGAUCUGGUUCCGCUACGCCCGCUGGAUGGCUGCCCAAAAGGACAAAGAAUCUGAUUUGCGAAUCAUCUACCAACGCGCUGCUUACAUUCACGUCCCAAUUGCCAACGCCGCUAUUCGUCUGCAAUAUGCCUAUUUCGAAGAGACAUCAGGCCGUGUUGACGUGGCCAAGGAGAUUCAUGGGGCCAUUCUGGCCAAUCUGCCUAGCCAUGUGGAGACAAUCAUUUCCCUCGCCAAUUUGUGCCGUCGUCACGGAGGUCUCGAAGCGGCCAUUGAAAUUUACAAGAGUCAGUUGGACUCCCCGGAAUGCGAUAUGGCCACCAAGGCUGCCCUCGUUGCCGAGUGGGCCCGUCUUUUGUGGAAGAUCAAGGGUAACCCCGAUGAGGCUCGUAUGGUAUUCCACAAUAACCAGCAAUAUUACCUCGAUAGCCGGCCAUUCUGGGGAAGUUAUCUGGCUUUCGAGAUUGAGCAGCCAACCAGCUCGGCUACUGAGUCGGUUCAAUAUGACCGCAUCAAGAAAGUCAUUGCCGAUAUCCGAUCUGAGAGUAGACUCCAAAUUGACGACGUCAAAGAACUUGUCGAGAUCUACAUGGCGUAUCUUCUGGAGCGCGGCACCGCAGACACAGCCAAGGAGUACAUGGUCCUGGAUCGAGAAGUCCAUGGUCCUGCUUCUGUCGCUCGUGUUCGAAACGGUGGAUUUGCUGCGCCACCCCCGAUUAUCACAGACUUCCAGCCUGUCCCAGUUCCCAUUGCGCAGCCAAGCCAAGAAGAUGCUGCGGCUACACAAGCUUAUGCUUACUACCAGCAGGCCCCUGUGAACGGUGCGGCGGUUUAA